ACCCAUGUGUAUGCAACGUACGUGUAUAUUUUGGGAGAGCGUCUUUGCUGCGCGCAAGGGAGAGCGGUUGUCGUGGACAUCAGAGACGAGUGCACCAUGCGUCAAACAGGCUACCCAGGAUGAAGACCACCACCAUCUUCUCUACUCUGCUCAUCCAAGUUCACCUUGUUUGCUACGUUUGGAGUGUGCUCCCCCCACCGGGUCACGUAACCAUGGAUUCAGUCAACAUGAAACACGUGCUAAAGUGGCGCCCCCCUCCGACACCAUGCAGCACGCCAUUUCUUUACUCGGUGCAGUUCCAAGGCGAGUUCGAGGUGACGGUCCUGGACGGCAUCUGGGUGGAUUCUCUCGAGUGUCAGGACAUGACGCGCACGCAUUGCGACCAGACUUUAGACUUGGGCUCCGACUCGGACUACAACAUCCGCGUGCGAGCGCGCUGCGCCUCCCAGACGUCGGAGUGGGCGCAACUAUCACCCCCGUUCAACAGGAGGGACACCUUGUUGAUGGUGCCCCAGAUGACGGUGUCAGCGGUGGGGGACGCCCUCUUGGUAUCCUUUGAGCAGGCUCUGCUCACGGCAUCCAUCGUGGUGGAGGUGUGGAAGCACGGCAACGCCCCGGGCCAGGCUCGCGUCUUUACCGUUCCGGCCGCGGAGAGACUGCUGCAUGUCGCUGACCUGCAAGACAGGUCGUUGUACUGCGUGCGGGCGCGCGUAUUGAUGAAAGUACAACUGCUCAGCCAAGACACCCAAGAGCAAUGCGUGCGUGUUGCAGGUCCCCACGCCCCCUGGAAGAGCCCCACCACGGCCGUGCUGACGCUGCUCCUCAUGGUGGGCGUCGCCUUCUCCGCCGUCUGGUGCGUCGUGCAAUGCCGCACGCGCCGGGCGUACUGUCGCAACUUCCAAAAGGAGCCGCUGCCGCACUCGCUGCUCCAUGACGGGACGGCGACCAUCAUGCCGGAUGAACUCAAAGAGGAGGUGUGCGUCGACGUACGGGUGGUGUCCAAGGACCAGCGCCUUCUACCGGGCCACAACGCUCAUGUUUGAUAGCGUGGAAGCGAGACCGGACAUGUUAGGAGCUUCACGGCUUUUUUCUUCUGCUUCUUGUCCUUGGGGGAUCGGGUCAGGGAAG